AUGGGUUCCCACGGGGGAAAAGUUCUUGUCCAAAAACCUACAGAGAGGAACCGAUCUCAAAUCUUGGGCCACGUCUCGCGAGAAGGAAAAAAAAAAACUGGGCGAGUUAACAAGGGUCGUUCUUUAAAACGGCGCGGUGGGGUAAGAGAGCUGCACUCCGGUCCCGGACCCGGCGGACCGCGGGGCUGGGGCCUGGGGACCCGACGUGGGGAAGCUCGGCGGCCUCGGGCUGCACUUGAUGGCCGUGCGUGUUUAAGCUACUUCCUCAUGCGCAGACUGAGGAUGGGCAUGUCUAACCCGAGGAGGGUGGCGAAGAUCCACCAAUGCGGAGGCAGCGCGCCCCGCUCGGAGGAAGCGCUCCGCGGGGUCUGCUCUUUCCGGGAACGGGUGGGGUGGGAGCGAGAGGGCUCCGAACACGCGUCAUUCGCCCCUGCCGGCUCGCUUAUAAAAACCCCGCCGGAGCCCCAAGAGCAUUUGGCUCCCCUUCUUUCCGAAGAAGCCCGGCUGAGAGCCUCGCCCGCGCCCCUCCCGGCACCGAGGGGCCCCCCGGCGGCCGCCGGCGGACCUGCCAGCGCCGGGGUCACCCGCUCGGUGGUGGCCACCACUCGGGCCCGGGUGUGCCGUCGCAAGUACUGCCAGCGACCCUGCGACAACCUGCAUCUCUGCAAGCUCAACCUGCUGGGUCGGUGCAACUACUCGCAGUCGGAGCGGAACUUAUGCAAAUAUUCUCAUGAAGUUCUCUCAGAAGAGAACUACAGAGUCCUGAAAAUUCACGAGCUCUCUGGACUUAACCAAGAGGAACUGGCAGUGCUCCUCCUCCAAAGUGACCCUUUUUUUAUGCCUGAGAUAUGCAAAAGUUACAAGGGAGAGGGUCGGAAACUGAUUUGCAGCCAGCAGCCACCAUGUGAAAGACUCCACAUCUGUGAACACUUCACCCGAGGGAACUGUAGUUACCCCAACUGCCUCCGGUCCCACAACCUGAUGGACAGGAAGGUGUUGGCCAUCAUGAGGGAACAUGGGCUGAAACCCAAUGUGGUCCAGAACAUCCAGGACAUCUGUAACAGCAAGCAUGCCCGAAGGAACCCCCCUGGGUCCAGAGCUCUGUCCUCACAUCGGAGAAACGUGGCAUAUAGAGCUAGAAGCAAAAGUAGAGAUCGAUACUUUCAGGGCAGCCAAGAAUUCCUUCUGUCUGCUUCAGCUUCUGCUCAGAGGUCCUGCACAUCCAGUCCAGACCUAAUUGACUGCAAGGUUUCCCUGGAGGAUGAGCCCAUAGAUGAUCUUGCACACAAAUUCACCUAUCUAGAGAGUCAGGAUCGUGCUCAGCCUUCCUCAGUCUCAUCCAAGGCUACCGAUUUUGGAGGAAUAGGCCAGGCAGGGGUGAGCCGGAGGUUUCCAGAGAAUGGCGGUCCAGAGAGCAUCUUUUUUGGGAAUCAAGGCGAUACUUACCUUGCUUCUGAUUCAACACCAGCCUCCAACUGGAAGAGCCCCACAUCCUGGACGAAUGACCAAGGCACCAGGAUGGAGAACGUGUUCUCCCCAGUGCUAACAUUGGCACACUCUCCUCCUCCUGCACAAAUACCUGAAGCCAUGACCACCAGAAGGAGCACUGAUGUGCUUUCAUCAGACCGCAGGAACAUCCAGGGCAAUAGUGGAAUUCAAGACCUCCAGCAUGGCUCUCUUUUUAAUAAUAAUGCUGAUGGCAUGGCCACAGAUUUCACUUCCCUAAGAUCUUUACGUUACAAAAGCACCACCAGUGCUCAGGGAGAAAUGUCUCUACCUAGGAAUCAGGACACUGGAGCUACUUCCAGAGAUUUCCAGACCACUGGCAGAGUUACUGGGGAUGAUGACCCAGGAGUGGCGCUUGUUAAUGGUAAAUACAGCGGGAAGAUAUUUUGGGCUAGUAAAUCUGUCCACAGUGCACCAAAAAGCUCCAGUCAAGUCAUAGAUAAAACUACUGAUGCAGAAAAAACUGGUGUCACUGGGGGAAAAGAUGUGUUCCAUUUGGGAAGCCAGAGUCUGAGAAGCCAGGUCCCAGCCAUACCCAGGGAAACUUCUGCUCCUACACAUGUCAUCACUCUGCCUCAGUUACCUUCUCCACUUUGUGCAAGCAACACAGUGGCAGCCUAUAGGGCUUGUGGGCAGAAUUCCACCCAAGACCCCGCAUCCCAUGCCAGUGAGUUCACAAGGAGGACCCCAGGCUCUCCUCAGCAUAAGUCACUGAAGAACAAAGGGGACCCGUAUUCCUUGUCUGGUGUUGUGAAUACCACAUCUACAGUAGAUGACCUUGGCUCAGAGGAAAUUUGUCUUGACCAUCUGGAUAAGCAUUGCCAAUUUAAUAGCAGUUGCAACAAAGUUCAUUUCCACCUGCCCUACCGAUGGCAGAUACUGCUUGUAAGGACCUGGAUGGACUGCCAGUCCAUGGAGAAGAUCGAGGAAGCCUAUUGUGACCCGCAAAUCAAUGUCUUUUCUGGAGGAAAUCAUACAAUCAAUUUCCAGAAAAUGACUUGUGAUUCCCAUCCCAUCCGACGUCUCUCUACUCCUUCAUCUGUCAGGAAGUCUGCCGAUUCUGUUUUCACCACCAAGUGGAUUUGGUAUUGGAGGAAUGAGUCUGGCAAAUGGAUUCAAUAUGGGGAAAAGAAAGACAAUCAGAAGAGUUUAAACAUCGACUCUUUCUACCUGGAGUCUUUAUAUCAGUCCUGUCCAAGGGGAGUUGUGCCAUUUCAGGCGGGUUCACAGAACUAUGAGCUGAGUUUCCCAGGGAUGAUUCAGACAAACAUAGUUUCCAAGACUCAAAAGGAUGUCAUCAGAAGGCCGACAUUUGUGUCUCUGCGGGAUGUGGAGCAGAUGAGAAGAGGGCCCAAGUGAGUGUUCUGAGGCACUGUGUGUUGCAGUUGUGUGACAUGGUCUUUCCCUG